AUGGCUUCAUCAGCAACUCUUGGCCCAUGUUUGGCUUUGGCCGUGGUUAUUGGCGGAAUUGGUGCCGGACCAUAUUUUGGAAGACGUCUUUUUGAAGGACACUAUAGAGAAAAACAAAAGCCAGAUUAUUUUAGAUACGGCUUGUGGAUGAGGGACUAUGCUGUCUCCGAUAGUAUCCGAGAAAAUGUCGAGCCAACAAGUGGUACUAUCAAAUCACCAGUGGCAAAACCACUCCUUGGCUUUAUUGGCCCCAAAAUUGAUACAUCAAAUCCAUUCAAAGCAGAGUUGGAAGAACAAAUGGACAGAUUACUGCUUGAAGUGGCACUCAAAGAUGUCAAGAAAUAA